UUAAAGGUAUUUCUCAACUAAUUUAUAUUUAUUUCGUGGUUUUAUUAUGUAUUUAAGUUUUAAAAUGGUUUUGGCUUAAAAAGAAGUGGUUAUUUAAAAGAUUCAUUUGCGCGCGGGAAAUUUCAAACUAACCUCACUUUUUGCACUUGGAAUUUGGAUGCGGUUUGUGUUGUUGUUUACCUGAGUGGAAAAAUGUGUGAGGAUCUGCUGAAUGUGUCCAUGGGAGAUGUGAAGAAGGACAUCCUGCAAGGGAUCGUCGAGUGCAACAAAAGGGGGCUCCUGCAGAGUGCCAAAUGGCUUGCGGAGUUGAAUUUUGGGAACCAGAAAGCAAUGGAAGGCCCAGGGAAGUCCAAGCCAAUGGUUCCUGCCCAGCAUCUCGUCCUGAUGGAAACUGGAAUUGGGAAUACUGAAUACGAUGAAUAUUAUUUAGCCAAGGCAUACUUUGAUUGCCGAGAAUAUGACCGAGCGGCAUAUUUCACGCGAGAGAGCGUGUCGCCCAUUCCCAAGUUCCUGCAUCUGUACUCCAGGUACAUGGCCAAGGAGAAGAAGCGUCUGGACAACAUGACAGAUAGCUUGACGAUGAAUGAUGCGUCAGAGCUGAAGGAUCUCAAUGAAUUGAUGGAGGAUUUGAAGGUGGAGUACAAUGACAGGAAACUCGAUGGGUAUUGUUUGUAUCUCUACGGAGUCAUGCUAAAAAAGCAGAAUCUUUCGCAAUUGGCCCUUAAUGUGUUGCUGGAGGCUGUGAAUCAGGCACCAAUGCUCUGGGCAGCUUGGUUGGAGCUAUCUCCACUAAUUCCCGACAAGGAGAAAUUGUUGUCGGUUAAGCUUCCGGAUCACUGGAUGAAACACAUUUUUGUGGCUCAUACGUACAUUGAACUCCUGCUGAAUGACGAAGGAAUUAAGCAGUACCAGGAUUUGCAACAUGCUGGCUUCAGUAGCUUCUAUAUAACCUCACAAUUGGCAAUUGCUCAUCACAAUAAAAGAGAUGUGGAGAAAGCUAUUGAAAUCUUCCAGCAGCUGCAGCAGGAGGAUCCGUAUCGUCUGGACAACUUGGAUAUCUACUCCAAUUUGCUGUUCGUGAAGGAACUGAAGACGGAGAUGGCUCAUUUGGCUCACAAAGCCGUUGAGAUCAACAAAUACCGUCCGGAAACUUGCUGUGUCAUCGGGAAUUACUACAGCAUCCGGCUUGAGCAUCAGAGGGCAAUUUCUUACUUCCAGCGAGCUCUCAAGCUCAAUCCUCAGUAUCUGUCAGCCUGGACACUGAUGGGGCACGAGUACAUGGAAGUGAAGAACACAAAUGCUGCUAUUCAGUGCUACCGGAAAGCUAUCGAAGUCAACAGCAGAGAUUUCCGUGCCUGGUAUGGAUUGGGCCAAGCCUAUGAGAUCCUCAAGAUGCCCUUCUAUAGCCUCUACUACUACAAAACUGCCCAGCAACUUCGACCCUACGACAGUCGGAUGCUAGUGGCUCUGGGAGAGACCUAUGAGAAACUGGAGAAGAACACAAAUGCCCUCCGGUGCUACAGAAAAGCCUGCAAUGUUGGAGAUAUUGAAGGAAUUGCUCUUCUGAAAUUGGGCAAUCUCUAUGAAAAACUCGGCGACUGGAAGAAUGCAAUUCCCACAUUCCUGGAAUACUGUUCAGAUGAUCGGCCAGUACUUGACAAGGCAGCGCUAUACCGCACUUUCGCAAAACUGGGCAACUACUACGAGGGCAUCGGGAAUUACGAUGAAGCUGCGAGAUUCGCCUACAGAGCUCUGGAGCACGAUGAAACGAAGAAUGAGGCCAAGAGUUUGCUGAAGGCAAUCACCAACAAGAGGACAGCUGCCCAGGUGGUAGUUCCGGAAGUACCAUUGCCCAGGCAAAGUGAAACCUACAUGAGUGAGGUGGUUUACAUGGAGGAGAGCGACAUGGUGAUCGAGAGCAGCAUCAUCAACGAGGAUCAGCCGGAAGAGAGACCAGCUUUUGAUGAUAGCAAUGAAUCCAUGUUCACAAACUAUUAAAUAAUCUUCCUAAUAAAUUGUUUAUUUUUCGUA